GAACUUUAUGGAUGCUUUACAGGUGGAGAUCAAAGUAUAAUGACCAUCCCUUCUCAAGCUUACACCAGCACAUCUGCUUCUGUUCAAAUUCUUAGGCAGCCACCCCCAUUCCCUCCAGAUUGGUGCCAGUUGGUGGACCCUUCCUUGCCUCAGCCCCAAGUUUCUGCAUUCAUUUCCGGUUCUGGUGUGAAAGUGCAGUGGACAGUGGCCCCAGGAGUGAAUCUCAGCACUGUUGCUUCCUAUGAAAUCUUCAGUUAUCAUGAAGCAAUCAAUGAUCCAGGUCCUUCUCCAUGGACACGCCUUGGAGAUGUGACCUCACUCAUCCUUCCCAUGAGUGUGACCCUUGAAAAGAUGCUGAAAGGGAAGACGUAUCACUUUAUAGUGAGGGCCAUGAAUGCCCUUCGCCAACCUGGUCCGCUGAGCAAGGCUGCUACCUUAACUGUACCUUGAAUAUCAUCUUGUCAGUGAUGCAGUUGGAAUUUGGGGAUUACAACAUAUUGCAAUACUUUGUGCCUGCUAGGAAGUGAUUUUGAACUGAAAAGUACAUUGAUAGUUUUUGCAUGCAUG